CAAACAAAAAAUAUGAGUAAUUAAGAUAAAAUUGUUUUCUUGAAAAUGGAAAAUUGCUUUUGGGCGGAACUAGAAGAUCAGUAUAAAGACAACAGCUUAAUGGUUCCAUCAUCAUGGCUUUCUCCCAGCGACGCCCUGCAGUACCAUUGCUACAAUCCCGCCGCCGUAGCCCCGCCGUGGGCGCCGCCCUUUGAAGGUUCGCCGGAAGAAAGAGCCGCCACUGCUUCUAGAAGCCACAGCGAAGCUGAGAAGAGGCGCCGCGACAGAAUCAAUGCUCAGCUCUCCACUCUCAGGAAACUCAUCCCAAUGUCCGAAAAGAUGGACAAGGCAGUGCUGUUAGGGCACGCGGUGGAGCAAAUAAAGGAACAGAGCAAAAGAGCAAAAGAAGUGAGCAAAUUAUCGACAAUCCCAACAGAGAACGAUCAAGUGACGAUAAUCGAUGAUCACUCGAACACGGAUAAAGAAAGUCACAUUAUCCAAAUGAAGGCGACGAUCUGCUGCGACGAUCGGCCGGAGCUACUGUCCGAAAUAAACGGCGCGAUAAAGGGGUUGGGGCUGACAGUUAUGGAAGCGGAGAUCACGGGCUUGGGUGGCAGGGUGAAUAGCAGCUUUGUGGUGUGUGCAAAUGUGAAAAAUGUGUGCAUUGCCUCGUUGAAGCAGUCGAUCAAGUUGGCGUUGGGGCGUGUCGUUUUAUCUUCCGGCGACUCGAGUUAUUGUGUUAGAAGCAAGAGGCAGAGGUUUUUCUAUCCUAAUAAUUCUUAUUGAUUUAUUUAUUUUUAUUAUUGAUUGAAAUUGAUUGGAAUUUGGGAUUUUUUUGUUCAUGAUCAUGUUUUUUUUUUCCUUUUUUGGGGGAGGGAUGAGAGGGAUUUAUAUGAUUAGGUGAUGCAAGAAACAUUUGUAAUAUAUGGGCUUUGAUGUAUGUAUUGGAGGAGUUGUUUUGUAUUUGAUAUAUAAAUAUGAAAAUGAUUGUAUUGGAGGA